UCUUAUAGCGCUCUGUUUUAUUUAUUUUAUUCAUUGUAGUUGCACACCGUGGUUUUUGUAAUUAAAACCGAACUAAAGCAAGCAAAAACAAAAAUAAACAGACAAGAAAAAGUGACGCAAACUGUGGCACAUAACACGUCACUGCUAACAAACCAAAAAGCCUGAAAACGGUCACGUGUUCCCCGCGCCAAAAUAGCUGCAGUGUUGAUGUAGUGACCAGUGAGGCGUCCUUGGGCACUGAUAAGAAACAGUGAGCUAACGGUAAUAGCUGGUGAAUAAAUCAAGUGCACCUCUGCGCUUUCUUUCUUUUUCUUUUUUUUUUUUUUUAGGUCACGUGUCACAGAUUUAUCCGCGGGUUUGAUGGUUGGAGCUCUGCUGAGGUGAAGAGUUAAAGAGAUGCCACCAAAGAAAAAGGCCAGAGUGAGUAAAAGAGCUGCAGCUUCAGUCAAAGACGACGACAGGGAGCCACUGUCCCCAGCUGGGAAGAAGAGGAAAGCUGCAACUUCUGGUGGAAAAAAUGAGGAGAGCUCAAAGUCUUCUGGUGCUCCACAGUACAGUCACUGGCUGAUGAAGUCUGAGCCCGAGAGCCGCUUUGAGAACGGCAUCGACGUGAAGUUUGGCAUCGAGGAUCUGAAGGCUCUGCCUGAUCAGACCAGCUGCUGGGAUGGCGUCCGCAAUUACCAGGCGCGCAAUUUCAUGAGGCAGAUGAAAGAAGGGCAGCUUGCUUUCUUUUACCACAGCAACUGCAAGGAGCCAGGGAUAGCAGGAAUCAUAAAAAUUGUGAAGGAAGCUUAUGUGGACCACACUCAAUUUGACAAGAAAGAUGUGCAUUAUGAUGCAACCAGCAAACCAGACAACCCCAAGUGGAGCAUGGUAGACGUCCAGUAUCAAAGGAUGAUGAAGCGUUUUCUUCCUCUGUCGGAGCUUAAAAAGCACCACCUGCAGCAUCGCACUGUGGGAGGGCCCCUCAAGGACAUGGCGCUUUUUACAAGGGCCAGGCUCUCUGUGCAACCCCUCUCCACUGAUGAGUUUGAUUUCAUCCUGAGUCUGGAGGACAAAGAGCCGCUCUGAGGAUUUGCUUUAUGAUGCAGCAAAAUCAUCACGAGUACCAUCACUCCACUGUAACUGUUAUAGUCUAUUAGAAAUAUUAAAUGUGUUUAUUAGAAAUUAUA